UAAAAAAACUCCAAGUUCCAUAAUGCCUUGGGACGCGUACCCGGAAGUAGUACGUCUCCAUUCAAGCAGGUUCAAGGAAAGCACGACGCAGUAGUCUUCAAAUACAGUAAAAGUUACGUUCAUAUAAAACAGUCAUGCCGCCUGGGCCUGUUCAAAUUGUUCAGCCGGAGACCAACAAGAAUGAUGCAGCGGAAGAAACUCCGGCCACCAAACCCAUUGUUGGUAUCAUAUAUCCACCUCCUGAGGUCCGGAACAUUGUUGACAAGACGGCCAGCUUUGUUGCCAGGAAUGGGCCUGAGUUUGAAGCAAGAAUCCGUCAGAAUGAGAUCAACAAUCCAAAGUUUAAUUUCCUCAACCCCAAUGACCCCUACCAUGCCUACUAUCGUCACAAAGUCAAUGAAUUUAAGGAGGGAAAGGCACAAGAGCCAUCUGCCGCAGUUCCGAAGGUCAUGCAGCAGCAGGCCAUGCAGCAACAACAGCUUCCUCAAAAAGUGCAGUCACAGGUGAUUCAGGAGACUGUGAUUCCAAAAGAACCACCCCCAGAAUUUGAAUUCAUUGCAGAUCCUCCAUCAAUCUCAGCUUUUGAUCUGGACGUUGUCAAACUAACUGCCCAGUUUGUUGCUCGCAAUGGCCGCCAGUUUCUGACUCAGCUCAUGCAGAAGGAGCAGAGAAACUACCAGUUUGAUUUCUUGCGGCCACAGCACAGCCUUUUCAACUACUUUACUAAACUGGUUGAACAGUAUACUAAGAUUCUGAUCCCUCCCAAAGGCCUGCUAAACAAGCUAAAGAAAGAGGCAGAAAAUCCAAGAGAGGUUAUGGACCAGGUGAGGUAUCGUGUUGAGUGGGCAAAGUUCCAGGAGCGUGAGAGAAAGAAGGAGGAGGAGGAAAGGGAGAAAGAGAGAGUGGCUUAUGCCCAAAUUGAUUGGCACGACUUUGUAGUGGUGGAAACUGUGGAUUUCCAGCCUAAUGAGCAAGGCCACUUUCCUCCACCUACUACACCAGAGGAGCUUGGUGCUCGCAUCCUAAUCCAAGAGCGCUAUGAGAAGUAUGGGGAAAGUGAAGAGGUGGAAAUGGAAGUUGAGAGUGAGGAUGAGGAGGAUGAACGUGAGGAUCGGCGUGAUGGCCAGCCCUCACAGCCAGAUCAGGACACACAAGUGCAGGAUAUGGAUGAGGGAUCUGAUGAAGAGGAUGAUGGCAUGAAAGCACCACUGCCACCAGACAACCCCAUGCCACCUCCACUGCCCCCAACACCAGACCAAGUUAUUAUUCGCAAAGACUAUGAUCCCAAAGCUUCCAAGCCUCAGCCCUCAAUAUCAGUUCCAGAUGAGUACCUCAUUUCACCAAUUACUGGUGAGAAGAUUCCAGCCAGUAAGAUGCAAGAGCACAUGCGUAUUGGUCUUCUGGAUCCACGCUGGCUGGAGCAAAGGGACCGCAGCAUCAGAGAGAGGCAGACAGAGGAUGAAGUUUAUGCUCCUGGCCUGGAUAUUGAGAGCAGCUUGAAACAACUUGCUGAGAGGCGUACUGAUAUCUUUGGUGUGGAAGAAACGGCCAUUGGUAAAAAGAUUGGUGAAGAAGAAAUCCAGAAACCAGAGGAAAAGGUUACAUGGGAUGGUCAUUCAGGAAGUAUGGCACGUACCCAGCAAGCAGCACAGGCCAAUAUCACUCUCCAAGAGCAGAUUGAAGCCAUCCACAAGGCCAAAGGGCUGGUUGGAGAAGAUGACACUAAAGAGAAAAUUGGCCCAAGCAAGCCCAGUGAAAUUCAUCAUCAGCCUCCAAUCCCCUCAUCUUCUGUCAGUUUACCUAAACCCACUCCUAUCACAGCAGUGCCUCGUCCACCCUCCUCUGUGGCUCCUCCAGUGCGCACCACUCUGCUGUCUGCUGUGCCUGUAAUUCCAAGGCCACCUGUAGCUCCUGUGGUCCGCCUAGCACCAGGCCAAGUCAUAACAUCAAUGCCUCCCAUGAUUCCUGCUCCUCGCAUCAAUGUGGUUCCCAUGCCACCUUCAGCACCCCACAUCAUGGCCCCCAGACCACCCCCAAUGGUGGUUCCAGCUGCAUUUGUUCCAGCUCCUCCUGUACCACAACCCCCAAGCUCUGUUCCUGCACCUCCAGCCCACCCACCCCCUCCCCAUGAGGAUGAACCAGUCAGCAAGAAGAUGAAAACAGAGGACAACCUCAUUCCAGAGGAUGAGUUUCUGCGUAGAAACAAGGGUCCAGUGGCAGUUAAAGUGCAAGUCCCCAACAUGCAGGAUAAGACUGAAUGGAAGCUGAGCGGCCAAGUGCUGAAUUUCACUGUCCCACUCACAGACCAGGUAUCUGUUAUCAAAGUCAAAAUCCAUGAAGCCACAGGCAUGCCAGCUGGAAAACAGAAGUUACAAUAUGAGGGUAUUUUUAUCAAGGAUUCCAACUCUCUGGCUUAUUACAACAUGUGCAAUGGCUCAGUCAUUCACUUGGCACUGAAGGAGAGAGGUGGAAGAAAGAAGUGAGCCAUGCAACAAGUCAACAUUUCCAAUGUGGAUGUUUUCUUACUCAGUCAUGUAAUUUGAGUUUUAUAAAAGAAAUCAUACUGUACUUGUAAAAGCAUUUACAUGUGAAAACCAUGUCAUUCUUAAAUGUUAAGUUUUCCCACACAGAUUUGGCUUGCUAUGACUUCCCACUGUUGAACUAAUUGUUAAUAAAAUCUAAUCUGUUGUUUGAUAAAUUGUGACAACCAUAGACUGUGUAGAGGUCAGUAACGUUCAUUAAAUAAAAGAAUAAAAACA